UGCUGCCAUACUUAUACAAAUUAUGGUUUAGCGCGCAUGUCCUUGAAUGAACAUUGUGACCAGGUGACGGGACGGGCAGGGAUGUGUUAAAAAUCGAUAGUAUCCCAGUUUCGAGCUUUCGUCGCGGUGCAAGCUUGUUGAAUUAAAUCGAAAUCGACAACAGGAAGCCUCCACUGGGAAAAUAACUGGAAAAUCACGUCGUACUCCAAGCGAUGAAAUGAAUCCCGUACCGAGUCGCGAAUUUCUGGAGGUCCAUCCUCUGCACCAACAUCAGCCGCACUGCAAGCAGCAAUGCUUUGUGUUCACGGAGAUAGCGGACAUCGAACUGCCCGCGGAGAUAACCAAGUUUGGAGGUGGGAAUGAGAAGAUAAGGUGCUCCAACGGGGGAAUCCCCACCUACAGUUCCAAAAAGGACUCGUGCAGCGAAUCGUCAGGCGAACGACCGGAACGAUCGCGAGGUCGUAAGAUUCUGCUGGGCGUAGGUCUGGUGCUUGUGUGCAUCGCCAUGGCCGGAGGCAUUCCGCUGGCUCUUCAACUACGCUCCUCAUCGCUCCUGGAGGCUCGACUGGCCUUCAUCCGCCGCCUGCUGACUGAAUCGCCUCUGAUAGAGGGUUCGUGGAAGCCGCCGAGCACCAUGAACCUGAACAGCAGCAAUCUCUUCGAGGUGCGACAGAAUCACAUUGGCGCUGUCCUCUGGCCCAUUGCUGUGCCAUGUGGAGCUCAGUACCUGGAUGCAGUGCAGCUCACUCUGGAGGGGAUCGACAAGGCCAGGCGUAUAACUGCUUCCGCGGAUUCCAUGCACAUUGUGGAGUCAGCGGAUGAGAUGGAACAGACUCACAUCCGUGGUGAGGUGGCCGUUCUCAUGGGUAUAAGUGGUGGCCAUGCCCUGGGCACCAGCACGGCCGUCUUGCGCUCCAUCUACCUGUUGGGAGCUCGAUUUGUGUCCAUUACAAGCCAGGAGUGCACCACUCCUUGGGCUGCAGCCGCUAUACGAAGGCCGGAAUAUCUCGUCGAGGAGAACGUUACGAAUUCCUUCAACGAAUUCGGACAGACAAUGCUCUUCGAGAUGAAUCGCCUGGGAAUGCUGGUGGAGAUUUCGAUGCUUAGCGAGGCUGCUAUGCUGGCCGUCUUAAAAACCGCCAAGGCGCCCGUUUUACUCACAAACGCGACACCAUUAUCCAUGUGCAAUAGUAGCAGCACAGCUUCCAUUCCCGAUCAUGUUCUCAGCCUUUUGCCGGAAAAUGGUGGGGUAAUAUUACUCAACCUGGAGCGCUGUGGGGAUCGGACACUGGGUGUUCGAGAGGCCAUCACUGCCAUAAACUAUGUUCGCAAAGUGGCCGGCGUGGAUCACAUUGGACUAGGGGGAGCUCCGAAAAGCUAUGCCCUUCUACUGGCCGAAUUGGCUAGGGAUAGGGUGUGGGGCAAUGCAGCCAUUAAGAAGCUGGUUGGCGGCAAUGUGAUGAGGAUUCUGCGGGAGAUCGAGACUCUGAAGAACCGAUUGCCCCUAUACGAGGAGUGGAUUCCGCACGAGUCCAUCGAAAGCAAUUCCUAUUGCCGCUAUCCCGAGUCUUAAGAUCACCUACUUUAAUUGGCUCAAGCGUUUGUUCUAAAAUAAUUACUAAAAUAUUUAAUUAAAUUAUUAAAGUA